AUGGCAGGGCCUCCAUACCGCGUCCCCUUGAACGCUUCUGGUACACCUGGUCAAGACGAGAGUUCUAGGGAUCUCUACCUUCCCUAUGGUUAUGCUGCUCACCAGCACCCUCCCUCCCUGACGGCAGAGCCAUCGACAUUCUCUGAGAACCAUCUUCUGUACAAUACUCUCAUGCAACACUCCUCAUCUCCAGUUCAUCCUAGCUACCCCAUGCCUUUCUCCUCGGCUCAUGGCACCUUCAAUUCUGCCAAUCACAAUAUGGCACACCAUCCCUCGAGCGAGAAUAAUACACCUAGUGAGCCAUCCACUAUGGGGUAUAUCAGCUCUGGAUACAGUACUGCAUGUACUACGCCGUCAGGAUCGGGACGAUCCUCUCCCUCUAUGCAGGAGUUCCCCCAAUCAAGUGUCAGUAAACCUGAAGUCCAGACCAUCGGUGGCAGGGGUCGAGCACGUAGACCGAAACACGACAAACUUUACGGCACAUACAUAUGCAACUGGAAAGACUGUAAAUACCGCGGCAUGUUCUCUCGCAAGGGCGUUCUCAUGCGCCAUAUAGAAACACAGCAUGUCGCUCCGCACUCAUUUGACUGCCCCGUGUGCGGGAAGCUCUUCUGCCGACGGGACAAUAUGACCGAGCACUUAGGGAGAGUUCAUUGUCAGCGGGUCUGA